GGCAGCCAGAAGAGAUGGACACAGAUUCCAGGCUGUACUAGCCCUGCCUUACCCCCAGGCCAGGGAUUGCACUGGCCAGUUGCCUCCCUCCCAGCUUCUGGGGUAGCUGAGGCUUGCGGGAUGGAGGAUACCAGUGAGGAGAAGCAGCAGGCCUCAGUGUGCAACCUGGUGGCUGUGUUCGAGAACAGCAGGACCCUGGGAACAACGCCUGGACCCCAUAGUGCUGAUGAACAGCCUCAGAGUCCUGAACGCAAGCUGCCCCUGUCCCCAGGGCCUUGGGAAGCACCUCCUGUUGAGGAGGCCAUGAAGCCUGAGUUCCGCCCAGUCAGCAGGACAUAUUUGAGCUCCCUCAAAAACAAGCUAUCAAGUGGGGCUUGGAGAAAAUCCUACCAGCCUGGGGCCAGCCCAGGGCCAGAGACACAGGAACCUGAGGAGAAAAGGGUCGUGUGGGAGCUUCUGGAGACAGAGCAGGCCUACGUGGCUCGCCUGCACCUGCUUGACCAGGUGUUCUUCCAGGAGCUGCUGAAGGAGGCAGGGCGCAGCAAGGCCUUCCCUGAGGAGGUGGUGAGGCUCAUCUUCUCCAACAUCUCCUCCAUCUAUUGCUUCCAUGCACAGUUCUUCCUCCCAGAGCUGCAGCGGCGUGUAGAUGACUGGACAGCCACACCCCGCAUUGGGGAUGUGAUCCAGAAACUGGCCCCGUUCCUGAAGAUGUACAGUGAGUAUGUGAAGAACUUUGAACGGGCAGCAGAGCUGCUGGCCACCUGGAUGGACAAGUCUCAGCCCUUCCAGGAGAUCGUCACCCGCAUCCAGCGCAGCGAGGCCUCGGGCAGCCUGACUCUGCAACAUCACAUGCUGGAGCCAGUGCAAAGAAUCCCACGGUACGAACUGCUGCUCAAGGAGUACGUGCAGAAGCUGCCAGCCCAGGCCCCAGACCGUGCGGACGCACAGAGAGCUCUAGACAUGAUCUUCUCAGCGGCACAGCACUCCAAUGCAGCCAUUGCAGAGAUGGAGCGGCUGCAGGGCCUGUGGGAGGUAUACCAGCGCCUGGGCCUGGAGGAUGACAUUGUGGACCCCUCCAACACCCUGCUCCGAGAGGGCCCUGUCCUCAAGAUCUCUUUCCGCCGCAGUGACCCAAUGGAGCGCUACCUGUUUUUGUUCAACAACAUGCUGCUGUACUGUGUGCCCCGAGUCCUCCAAGUGGGCGCCCAGUUCCAGGUGCGGACCCGCAUAGACGUGGCUGGCAUGAAGGUCCGGGAGCUGACUGACGCUGAAUUCCCACACUCCUUCCUGGUGUCUGGAAAACAGCGUACACUGGAGCUGCAGGCCCGGUCCAGAGAGGAAAUGAUCUCCUGGGUGCAGGCUUGCCAGGCAGCUAUUGACCAAGUUGAGAAGCGGAGUGAAACCUUCAAGGCUGCUGUCCAGGGACCUCAGGGGGACGCACAGGAGUCCAAGCCACAGGCGGAGGAACUGGGCAUCCGAGCCCCUCAGUGGGUUCGAGACAAGAUGGUGACCAUGUGCAUGCGCUGCCAGGAGCCCUUCAAUGCCCUGACGCGUCGGCGCCACCACUGCCGAGCUUGUGGCUACGUGGUCUGUGGCAAGUGCUCUGACUACCGAGCAGAGCUGAAGUAUGACAGCAACAGGCCCAACCGUGUCUGCCUGGCCUGCUACACGUUUCUCACUGGAAACGUGCUCCCUGACAGCAAGGAGGACAAGAGGAAAGGCAUCUUGGAGAAAGAAUCCUUGGCAGGGCCUGACCAGAGUCUGAUGUGCAGCUUCCUGCAGCUCCUGGGAGACAAGUGGAGCAGAAGCGGUCCCCGGGGCUGGUGCGUGAUCCCUCGGGAUGACCCCCUCGUGCUGUACGUCUAUGCAGCCCCCCAGGACAUAAAGGCUCACACCUCCAUCCCCCUGCUGGGCUACCAGGUGAUUGCAGGACCCCAGGGGGACCCCCGGGUUUUCCAGCUGCACCAGUCAGGCCAGAUGUAUACCUUCAAAGCAGAGUCUGAGGAGCUGCAGGGCCGUUGGGUGAGGGCUAUCAAGCGUGCAGCCAAUGGCUGGACACCCGAGGAACCCGACGAAGAAGACAUGUCUGACUGAUUGAACCACAGCUGGCUGUUCCUCAAGAACCUUGCCCAUGCCAGGCAUC